GAGAAUGACUUCUUUCUCACCAGUGUUUCCCCUUUAGGGGUUUGAUACUGACUCUUUUUCUCCACCCCAAGCUCUGUUUAGCUCUUUGGCCUUGGGAUGAAGCAGAGAAAACAGGACCCUAAAGAUAUAUGCCCUGUGUGCUCAGGAUGUUCCCUGAAGAGUCAAGGGCAGGGGUGGGGGAUGAGACAGAGGAGUCACCUUCAUUCCAGCUAUGGUGGGUUUUACUGACACAAUGCUUACUUCAAGGAAAGCUGACGCCACCCAAUGUCCUCAAUCCCACCAGAAUUAUCCCUUCCAAACCUUCGAGUCCUGUACCCUCUUUGGUCCCAUCUGGUCACAGCAAGUUAGAGGUGACAGCUCAGCCUGGGACCCUUCUGUUUAACCUAAAACUGUACUGCCCGUAGCCUGGAGUGGCUGAACAGACGCUCACCAAGCCUUCUGCACUACAUUCCUUUGCCAAAUUUUUCUGGGUCUGUUUACUUUUCAGCCCAAUGAUUUCCUUCUUAUUGGAUCCGUCUCCCUUUUGCAUAUCAAGCUUAGAGUAAGGUCAGUCUCUGAGGACAUUAAAGCCCUUUAGUGCCCCUCAGUCAGCCCUUCCUGACCAUGGAACACCAUCAACCUGAGCAUCCAGCCGCUGGUGAGACCAGGACUGCAGAAGCGGUCAGCCCUGAAAACCACAAGGUCUUGUCAGAACCCAAAGAGCACCCUCAGGACAAGGAUGCCAAAGAGGCGGACGGGGCAGCUGGAGAGCAGGAGCCAGUAGACCAAGCUUCACUGCCAGCCCAAGGCCAGGAUAGCUUCGAGUCCCCUCUACCAGAUGCUAGCUCAAGCCAACCAGGACCAGCCCGGGAGACUCGACCUGAGACAGAGACAGCGGGGGCCUGCUCCAGGCUCCAGGAGCUUCCCCAGUCCCCUAGGGCCCGACAGCCUGAGCUAGACUUCUACUGUGUCAAGUGGAUCCCCUGGAAAGGAGAACAGACACCUAUCAUCACCCAGAGCGCCAAUGGCCCUUGCCCUCUCAUCGCCAUCGCGAACAUCCUUUUUCUUCAGUGGAAGGUAAAGCUGCCACCUCAGAAAGAAGUGAUCACGUCUGACGAGCUCAUGGCCCAUCUCGGAGACUGCCUUCUGUCCAUCAAACCUCAGGAAAAGUCAGAGGGACUUCAGCUUAAUUUUCAGCAGAAUGUGGACGAUGCCAUGACAGUGCUGCCUAAACUGGCCACAGGUCUGGAUGUCAAUGUGCGGUUCACAGGCGUCUCUGAUUUCGAGUACACGCCUGAGUGCAGUGUCUUUGACCUCCUUGGCAUUCCUCUGUACCAUGGCUGGCUUGUUGAUCCCCAGAGUCCUGAGGCUGUGAGUGCAGUCGGGAAGCUGAGUUACAACCAGCUGGUAGAGAAGAUCAUCACCUGCAAGCACUCCAGUGACACCAAUCUCGUGACAGAAGGCCUGAUUGCAGAGCAGUUUCUGGAGACCACUGCUGCCCAGCUGACCUACCAUGGCCUAUGUGAACUAACAGCAGCUGCCAAGGAGGGCGAACUUAGCGUCUUUUUCCGGAACAACCACUUCAGCACUAUGACUAAGCAUAAGGGCCACUUGUACCUACUGGUCACUGACCAGGGCUUUCUACAGGAGGAGCAAGUGGUGUGGGAGAGCCUGCACAAUGUGGACGGAGACAGCUGUUUCUGUGACUCUGACUUUCACCUCAGUCACUCCCCGGGCAAGGGACCCGGGACGGGAGGUGGGAGUGGCUCCCCAGAAAAGCAGCGGCAGGUCGACCAGGACUACCUGAUCGCCUUGUCCCUGCAGCAGCAGCAGCCCCCGCCCCAGGGCACAUCGGGUCUGAGCGACUUGGAACUGGCCCAGCAGCUUCAGCAAGAGGAGUACCAGCAGCACCAAGCGGCCCAGGCUGCCCCUGCACGGGCCCCGUCACCGCAGGGGAGAGGAGCUGCAUCUGGACGCCCAGCUGCUGAGCGUCGGCAAAGGCCGAAGCAAGAGUCCGACUGUGUCCUCCUGUAGCCCUGCUCGGGCCCAGCUGCCUUGCCUCCGCUUUCAGAGGUGGGGGCUAUUUGCUUGCUCCCCCUCAACUUGAGAUAUGCAGGGUAACUUAUUUAUGGGAUGUUGGGGAUCAGAGCAGGCAGUGAAUGCUAAGGUCAGACUUGGUGACCUCUUUGCCCUCAUGUGCUGCCUCCUCUUCCUCCCAACUAUCCAGGACAACAUUGGAGUUGAUGGGGUGGAGGAUUUCUGAUUUCUAACUCUUUUCCCCCAGAAUAGUCACAUUAAUGUACAGACUCAGGCUCCAGGGUGAAGUUCCUGUCUAGAAUCCAUCUCUGCUACUUCCCACCCCUGACUAGCUGGGUCAUCCUAUAAUAGGCCCAUCCGAAUCCAUCCAUCCAUCCAUCCGUUUGUUUCAGGGUUUGAUUUGGGUUUCUAUCUCUAUUAUUUGUAAUGCCUUCCUAGGGGUUUGGAAAUAAAACUUCUUUCCUGAAA